AUGGCCUCCAUGAUAUCUCCCGCUGUCGUGGCGCUCGCCGGCCUGAGGUCUCUUGAGCGCUGCAGAGACUGGUACAGACCGUUUCGGGCCUUCUGGCUGAGCCUCCUCCGAGCAUUUACCAUCUAUGCUCCGAAUCUUGCGCAUGUGGGAAACGCUCCGCAACGUUUCCUUCGCCUCGCGCCCUCCCUACCGAGUUACGAAAACUACAAUAUCGUACCAACUGACAUCUUGCCCAUCCUUGGCAGCGCGACAACCCCCAUCAAUGACAAACCGACCCGUGGCCACACCGUGGCCGUGACAGGCGUCACUAGGCGGCGAACGGCUUGCCUGUACACCAUCCCGUCGAUAAGUAAGACAAAAAGAGAAGAGGUGGAGGAGCAAGAUUUGAUGGUUCUGACCCCUCACGUAGCUCGUACGUACGGGUGUCGCCGUGGAAGGCAUCCAUCGCGCAACCCUUCCACGCUUGGUGGCGGAUGA